GUUUAGUAAAAAAUGAGUUCAUUUAUAAGAAGUGCAUGUUCAUAUAGUGUUGGUUUUUCAAAAUUUUCAAAUAAAUGUUUAUCUACAUACCGUGGAGCUAUUAUUGGUUGUUACAAGUCAAAUAAUGAAUCAUACAAGUUUACUGAAAAUGGUAGCAAUAUAAAUCAUUUUACAAAUAGCAAACUGAAAGAACUGUUACAUUGUACAAGUUUUAAACCCGAUCUUGGAAAGACCAGAACGUUUUUAGGAUUGCAUAAGGACUAUGAAUGUAUAACUAUUACUGGUCUUGAUGAAGAAGAUCCAAAAGAAAAUCCAAAUGAAGAAGUUAAUCAAAAAAAAGAAAACAUCAGAGUUGCAGUGGGAGCUGCUGCACUUGAACUGAAGAAGUUAGAAGUCAAGUCUAUUGAUGUUGACAGUUGUGGAGAUGCAUCAGCUUCUGCAGAAGGAAUUAACCUGAGCCUAUAUUCAUUUAACAAGUUCAAAAGUGAAAAGAAAGACCAACCAACUUUUAAGAUGUUUGAUGCUGAUAAUAAUAAUAAAGCGCUAUUUGAAGAUUGGCAUUAUGGAUUAAAAGUUUCUAAUAGUCAAAAUUUUGCACGAGAAUUAAUGGAAACGCCAUCAAACUAUAAGUACCCCUUGCUAUUUGCAAAUAUGGUAUCAGAAAGAUUUUUACAUACAUCUGUUAAAGUCCAUGUUAGAGAUUUAAAAUGGGCAGCAGAUAAAAAUAUGAACUGUUUUCUUUCGGUGGGCCAAGGUUCAACAAAUCCUCCAGUAUUUUUAGAGAUGCAUUAUAAAGGAUCUGAUCAACAUCCAAUUGUACUUGUUGGAAAAGGGAUAACAUUUGAUAGUGGAGGUAUAUCUAUUAAACCAAGCAAAGAUAUGGCUUUAAUGCGAGGUGAUAUGGGUGGAGCUGCCUGUGUGAUUGCAACACUGGAUGCUGUCAGUAAGCUUAAAUUACCUGUGAAUUUAGUAGUUUUGGUCCCUUUAGCUGAAAAUAUGCCAUCUGGAAAUGCAACAAAGCCUGGUGAUGUCUUUAAAGCUAUGAAUGGAAAAACAGUUGAAGUUGAUAAUACAGAUGCAGAAGGUAGAUUAGUGCUUGCAGAUGCUCUUUGCUAUGCUAAUGAAUUCCAUCCAACACACAUUAUUGAUGUUGCAACAUUGACAGGAGCAAUGGCUGUAGCAUUGGGAAGCGGAGCAACUGGAACAUUUUCAACAAGUUAUCAUUUAUGGUCACAACUACAUAAGGCUGGUAUGAAAACCGGUGAUCGGAUGUGGAGAAUGCCUAUCUACAAAUGUUACACAGAACAGAUGAAAUGCAGUAAAACAGCUGAUCUAAGAAACACUCAAAAAUCUGCUGGUGCUGGUUCUUGUACUGCUGCAGCUUUUUUAAAGGAGUUUGUAAGUAUUGAGAACUGGGCUCAUCUUGAUAUUGCUGGUGUGAUGACAAAUGAAGGAGAAAUAACAUAUUUACCAUCAGGAAUGUCUGGUAGACCAACAAGAACAUUAAUUGAAACUGUGCGAUUACUUGGAUCUUCAUAAUUUGUAAAACCUGUAUUUAUGUUUUGAAACCUUUAUUUAUGCAUAGAAAUAGGACUAUCAGUGCUUGAAUAAAUAAAAGUUUUCUGCUAAUCAAGCUGCUAUGAUACUAUUCAUUUUUAUGUUUUUUUAUGUAAAAAAAAAAAAAAAACAAUUUUUUUAACAUCUAUUAUUGAAAUAUAUUAUUACCAUAAUUUUUUGUUUGUAUUAUUGUAGUUUAUAAAUGUUUAGUAGUAUCAAUAUUCUAAAACUUGCAUCUAAAAAUGAUGUUAAAAUCUUAAAA